GCAGUCCCAUCGCUUGUGGGCGAGGCUGUUUUCUUCCCAACCCCCUAGGAAUGCCUCCUCUGGGACCUGGGCCUGAGGUUGUAAUAAAUGCCCAGCAGAGCUGCGGUCCAGCACCCUGGGGCCUCCCCACCUCCACUAGCCUGCCGCGCUCCCCGCCCUGGCAUCGGCGUCAUGCUCUGGAAGGCACUGCUCCUCUCCGCCUGCUUUGCUCUGGCGGUGACUUACCCCGCACUGCUUCAGGAAUUCAUCACUGACUUAGAGUCAACCAUUGACCUGGAGUCAACCACUGACCCAGAGUCGACUACUGGCCUAGAUUUGACCACUGGCCUACAGUGGACCACUGGCCUAGAGUUGACCACUGGCCUAGAGUUGACCACUGACCCAGAGUCGACCACUGGCCUAGAGUUGACCACUGACCCAGGGUUGACCACUGGCCUAGAGUUGACCACUGGCCUACAGUGGACCACUGGCCUAGAGGUGACCACUGACCCAGAAUUGACCACUGGCUUAGAGUCGACUGCUGACCCAGAGUCGACCACUGGCCUACAGUGGGCCACUGGCCUAGAGUCAACCACUGACCCAGAGUCGACCACUGGCCUAGAGUCGACCACUGACCCAGAGUCGACCACUGGCCUAGAGUCGACCACUGACCUGUCAGACUUGACCACGCACCAUGACUUCACUGAAGAUGCACAAACAACAACUGACGUGUAUUUGGAGAACACACAGACUUUUGAAUUGCCUACUAAGGUGGGAUUAAACACCCUGAGCUCUAAGGAAGAAGCCACUGAGGUCACAGAGGAGCCCAGCACCUCCACGGGAAGCAACGAGUACAACACAGUGUUUUUUGUUUAGAAAAUGAAGCAGAUUCUCAUUACCUGCGACCAUCGCUCUACUAACCACAACAUUCUAAGAAGAUUCUGAGCCUCUGAACAAGCCUUCCAUUCCAUUAUAGGAGCUUGAAUAAUUGUAAAAGACUAGACUAGUGAGACAUAGGAGGUACCUACUUGAGGAUAAACAGAGUGGCAAGAAUUAUACACAGACAGAAGAGGGGCAACUCUUAACCAUGUCCCAUCUAAUAUGGGCUCAAUAAAUGUUCAUUUGUACUAAAUUUUGAGAGGGGGUUU